CGUCAGUUCAAUCUCCCAACACCAUAGAGAUAAAGGCGAGGCCGAGUCAGGAAAAAAAGGCGGACGGGAAAGGCGAGUGGGUAGAGCGGCUGUUUUUUUAGCGUAAGGCCUCUCUUGCCUAUCGCGGCAUUCUGACUCGCUGGUCGUAGUUCUGAGUCUGGACAGGGUGGAAAGCCCGGCGCUUAUCUGGCGAUGGCGACGGAGGAAGAGACUAAGAUUUUUAAGAAGUCCUUUCUGCAAGAAAUGCUGGAAAUCCAUAAAAUUCCUUGUGCUCGACAAUCAUUUCUUUACGGAAUAUUGGGUGGUCUCGGUAUAGGGCUUGGACACUUUUUGGCAAGUAGCAAAGUGAGACGAUCCUAUCACUUGGGAGUAGGGGGUUUCUUUGUGACAACGUUAGGAUGCUGGUUCUAUUGUAGAUACAGCAAUGCAAAACGAAGGUUCCAGCAACGCAUGGUUCAAGAAGCAAUAAAAAACAAGAUACUAUUUGAAGGAACUGAGUUUGAUCCUACAAUGAAGAGAGAAACAAAUCAUGAAAAAAGCCGUUAAGUUUUGGCAAUGCCAUUAAACUAUUUUGUACCGAUUAUGUGUAAUUACAGUAUGAACUUUACUGUAAUUUGAUAAAACAUUUCUUUAUUGUGAAAUUCAGUUUUUUAUUCCCAUUUUACCACUGUAUGUAAAUAUGCUACCUUGAGAGCAUGGCAGAAAUCUUUCAAAGUAACGCAUUCUGUUUUUUCUGACGAAUUAAAAAUAUAGUAACAGCACAUUGAAAGCUUUAUUCAUUGGACAAAAUAGUAAAAACUAGAGGACAGUAGUGGUUACUUUGCUCUUAAUGAAGCAGUCUUUUUUUAAAUUUCUCACAGCUACUACCUGUGUGCAAUUUCCCUGUUCUCAGUACCUAUUUUAAUAGGAAAUGAAAUAGCACUGUUUGCCUGAAUUCAUGCUACAAAGUACAAAUAUAUUUUGAUGCUGGAAUUUUUGAUGAUCGUGCAAAAUAUUUACCAGAUUCUACUGUUAGCCAUACCUGUGUUCUGCAGAUUUCAGUCUUUCUAAAUUACUAUACUGUAUUUGUUUUUUCCCUUUUCAGAAUUUUUCAUCUGUAAAGAUGCAGUGUCUGAGGCCUUUUAGUUUCUAAGAAUUGUCGCUUGAUUUAUAUACAGUAAUGCACAUGGAUUUUUUUUAUUUGAAACAUUUACACUGAUGAGAGCCAGAUGUAGCCGGAUGACAUCGGGCCAGUCAUUCCUUCAGUCAUUAGUGCAGGCUUUGCAUCAAGCUGGUGUACGCAUGCAUGUAUAGCAUGUAUCUAUUUAUCACUUUUUUAAAAUUGGCAUUCUUUGUUAUAAAGGAUCCAAAUAGUUGAAAAUACAUUUUACCAAAAUAUAAUAGAAUAUAUUGUUACUGAUCUCUUAAUGGCCUACUGAUCUUGUGGAAUAUCUUAUUGCUAAAAGAAAAUGAUUCUCAAUUUUAAUUGAAAACAUGUACACCUAGUAAAAAAACAUAGUAUAUUCAGUUAAUUGCAUAUUUGGCGUACAAAAUAUUUGUAAAGAACACAAUAAAUGAAUGUAUGCUUUUAAUUUAGUACUUUUUUCCAAUGCUUUCAAGUGCACUAAGAAAUCAUGUAGUAAAUAUCUAGCAGAAGCUGCUGAGUUUCUUUGCCCCGCAGUCAUAAAGUUGCAACCACACUUUUUUUUACAUAUCCCAAACUCUGUAAUGAUUAAAUCUUAAAUAAGAGGUCCUUGAUGUUCUGGGCUUUUUCUUGCAUUUAAUUACCCAAACUAGGUAACAUCAUCAGUGCUAGCAGAUCUGCAAGAAAACAAGCAAGUUCAGCGAGCAUCAAGGACACCCCUCAUUUCAACCCCGAGCUGCAAAUAUUCUCCUUUAUUGGUAAGUCUUAGGUUCAACUGAUUUUUGAUAAGGAUUGUAAAGAAAGACUGUUGGCACCUGUUUAAACUUAUCAAUUGGAAAUAUAGCAAUAGCAAAUUUUUUUUGUAUUCAUGUCAUAAGUCUAGAAUCUAGGCAUGUCCAAACUCAAUCCAAAUUAAAAGGAAUAUAAUCACUAAUAGGUGUUUUAUGCAGCAGCUUGCAUUCCACUCUAUUAUCUUUCCAAGCCUGGGAAGUAGGUUUAGCCAAGUUAUUGGCCCAAAGUUAUGCAGCAAGCCUUUUGGCAGCGAAUAGGACUUGAACCAGGAACUUUCCAGCCCGAAUCCAAUACCUUAACUUUUAUAUUGCACUAGAACAUGGUAUGUAGAACAUGGUAUGAAACACUCCAGAACAUUUUGAGGGGGCUGGUCUGUUUUGUUAUAAACAUAGUUAAUUCUUGGGAACCUAAAGAAAAACUAGUUAAUCCCAUUUUCAAAUUAUAUCCUGAUAGAAUAGUACUUAUAUGUUCUACAUUUUGGAUUUUAGUCUAUAACCUAUUAGGAAUCAGGUUGCACAACUAAAAGUGAGCAGCUGGUGAGCAAGUGAAACCCUCCCGAUCUGUGGAAAAAUUGUCUUCCACACUGAUCCCUGGUGUCAAAAAGGUUGGGGAUCGCUGGCCUACAACACAUUUGUUACUUAUUCUGAAUUUAUAUGGCCUAUCUGAAGUAACUGCAGUUAACGAAGCAUAAAAUAGUUAACAUGUAUAAAAAUAAGACUUGUAAAAUAUUUAUCUGCACUACAACACAUAACAAAAUACAAAGAGGGACUUGCUAGCAUCUUGGCUCUAAAGCCCAAGAGAAGUAGCAUGGUUUUCAGGCUCUUCCAGGAAGCCAAGAAAAUUGAGACCACCUGAAACUCAGCAGGAGCCUUUUUUCACAAGACUUCCAACAAAGGCAUUAUGUCUUUUAGGUCCCCUAAGAAAAUAUUGUUUCAUAUAAAAGAUCUGAUAAAUAACAAGGGUGGAGGACAGUCCUACAACCAAUGAUUUCUGCCUAUAUUGGCCUUGUGACGCCAUUUGGAAACUUAUUGAAAGCAAAUACAGCUCACUUCAACGGCAUAAUGCCUGCAUUGCUACUUUCUGGGCUACCUCAUUUUUGAAUGUUUUUCAAGAGCAUGCCUAGGGAAUACAUUGUAGUAAUCCAACUAGGAAGCAACUACUAAGGCAUGAACUACAUAUAUCGAUCUGGUGCACAAAGUGGAUGUGUGCAAAGAUCCUACUAGCCAUGUUGCCACCUGCUCCUUGAGCCAAAGCCAAGAGAAUUGUGAAAUUAUGUAGUGUGUACAUAUAAAAUAGCUGCCCCAAAAUUUACUUUUCAAAAACCAAAGUAUUUUCCCAAAUGUUUUCUUUCUCAAAGGGACCUUUUUUAGGACCAAACACAUCCCUUCAAAAAAGGUGUUUUCUUUACAGAAAACCAAUUUUGAUAUUAACAUGUCCACGGGUGUCACAUUGCGAACCCUCAUGAAUGCAGACUGCUUCAUUGGGUAGUUUUCUAGAAAAGCGUAUCUAGGAAUUUGUUCAUGUUAGUAAAUAUUGUAGAAUGCCGCUAGGUCUGAACAGAAUGCAUGCACUAAGCUCCCAAAAAUCCAUCCAAAGCAUCCCAAAAUCUUUCUUAGCCCAAAUAUAAAAGGGAGAGGAAUAGAAGGGAAAGGCACAAAAUACAACAAAUAAAUUAGGGAGAAAUGAUUCUCAGGUGUGCCUAAAAUUUAUUAAGGCCAAGUGCAUUUUGGGAAACAAAUCUUUUUUUCAAUCAAAAUAAAUUCUUCUAUUACUUGUUUUAAAGGACAUCAGUAUUUUGCUGAAAGAUAUUAAAAUCUAUGGAUAACAUGUUCCCCUAAAAUUAGAAAUGCUGAACAUAGUACAUGCAAACCAUGAUUGCCAACUUAAUGGAAUUCACGAUAAAAUGCAUAAAAAUGUCCACUUUCAUUUACUCCUGCUAAACUCAAUUCUGCAUCAUUUGUCUGUACCCACCCUCCCAAAGCAAUUCCUUUCUGCAACUAAUUUUAUCUUUAUUAGACUAGUCACAGUUCUGCAAAAUUCUGAUAAUGAAGUUAGGAGUUUAAGCACUGCUAAGUGGACAUAAAAAAGCCAUAAUCAGCUUUAGUGUAGUAACUUGCAACACAGGAAUUCAAACUGCAAAAAUAAUAGACAGGCAUAUUUCCAUAUCUUCUAUUAAAAUGACAAUUUGCGUAGGAUUCUCUCCCAUGUCAUAGGAUGUGGAGAGCAUACAUUUUGAGCCUUCUCAGAAAUCAGAUUACUUUGAACAUUGAAGCUAACUGUUUCAUUAAAGGGAUUUUAGACUAAUGUGGUGAGAAUCCCAGAGUAAGAGUAAAAUGAUUUUAUUUUAUUGCAAACAAACGGCUAAAGUUAAUUUCUCCACCCACUUUCUUUAAAGUAAAUCAGCAGGCUAAGGAGACACACCCAUCUGAAAACUAACAUGAUUAAAAAUUAGAUAUAAAAUGGGUGAAUCACAAGUUCAUUUGUUUACAAAAUGGUGGAGAAUACUACUACAAGCACACUAAAUACACAGUUUUGUGGGGAAAGGUUACAGACACACAGCUAACUUCAUAUAGAUCCCAUUAGACAACUGGAUUUACAACAAGUUUGUUUAAUAAGAAAUGGGCAGAGCCAGCUUUUUCAGAAUCAAAAUGCAGAACAAUGGAAAAAAGUUGUUGAUGGUGUGUACCUUCACAAGUUGAGCCUCUACAGACAGAUGCAACCAGAUUAGAUGUGCACUCCACCUUCACUAUUUAGCUUUAAGGUUUGUUUUACCUCUUCAAAAACCUUUGCCAGAUCAAAAAAACAACAACAGGAAUAUCCCUUUCUUUAUUGCCAAGACUGUUUUGAUUUUUCUUCCCUCUUCCAUACCUAAAAACUGCGUAGAGAAUGGAGUGGAAGAUGGAGUGUAAUGAAUAUUGUUUACAUUGUAUUAUUUGGGGAGGGGAGGCACAAAAUAGCCUGGUUGCUAAAUAUUCUGUUUUGAUGACUCACGACUGUUUCCUAGAAAUUGAGGGGAGGGAGGGGAGAAAAAAAAAUCUUUAAUCAGAGGACACCAGAUACAAAGCAACAUUUUACUUUUGUUGUGGUAAAAAAAAA